UCCUCGGUGUCCAGCGAAAAAUCAGAAGUGAGUCAGGAAACGGAGACAAAAGCUUUCACGACUUCAGUAUCACAUGACCUGACAUUUGAGAUGACAAAACCAGGACAAAAAGCAAAGGGGUCAGGGUCUCUUUAAACACCAGCUGAACGUGAACAUAAACAAGAUGUUGUUGGRAAAAAAAAAAGUAAGGUUAUCGUGAUUGGCCAAAGCUGGAGCAGCUUGACAAGCUAAACCAAUCAGAAUCUAGGGCGGGCGCUUACUCAUACUUGAGCAAAACCGUAGCCAUCAGCGAAAUACAUUUCCCAUAAUGCACUUCUGUGGCUGAACGUCUCUCACGCACUUUCUAGAAAGUUGGCCAAUGUUUUUUUUUUCUACCCAACGACGUGAGGUUGACCCGGGCUUUUUUUUGCCAGCAGUUAACAAGACACGCGGACCAGGCAGAGGACUCGAGCCAUUUAUGCUUGAGUGUGGCAUAUUUUGUUAAUACGUCUAGAGCUCGUUUUAGCAUGCUAAUAGAAAACAUUGGAUACUGAAGGCAAGCUAGCUAAACAUCGACACCACAACAAAUAGCUAAAGGGGGCUGGGCACUUUACAGGCUGUAGGUAUCCAUGCAUCAUCCUGCUCUUUCAUCCAGUAACCUGGGCUUUCUGCCAGCCAUGAAUUCAUUUUCAAGCCCCACCACCAGCCUGCCUGAAUUUGACUUGGGUUCUCCAAGUACAGCUGAAAACCUGACAAACAAUAACAACAGCUGGGAGACAAGACGGCUCCGGAAGCACAGAAGACUAGAUGAUGAGGGUUGCAGUGCCAAAAAGAGGAGGUUAAUGCCUGAGGCUGAAUUGGACCUUUCAGAGAACAGCUGCCCUGCGUUGUCUGCACAGCAACCUGACGCAGAGAGUUCCUGCAUGGACAUAGAAUCAGCUCAGAGGAGACUGCAGGAGAUCGAAGAUAGAAUAACACUUGAAGAUGAUGACGACGAUGAGGAUCUUGAUGUAGAGCCAGCUGCAAGGCGGCCGGUGCUGGUGAUCUCAGACAGUCUGAAGGAGGGUCUGCAGUGUGGCAUCAGUGACAUCCUCCCUCAAACUGUGGCUCAGUCUGUGUAUGGGAUUCUUAUCCAGCUUUCAUUUCCUAGUAACUUGUGUCCUUGCAUGAAUAUUCAGAAAAGGAAAUCUCUCGUCAAAGAGGAGAGAGAAACACGAACUCUUAGAGAAUCACUGUGUUUGGGUUUCUGUUGUGGGCGGGACAAAAAGCUUUUGUUUUCAACAAAUUCUGAACCAACUUUUUAUCUAAACUUUCAGGAAUCACUCAGGCAUGGAGUUGGUGUUGUGGCGUCCUCCAGAAGAUCCUUUCUGUCAGCGACUGAGGGACUCGUUACAGAAACAGCGUAAACAGCAGACAGCGUGUCGGCAACCUCCGACCCCCUGCCCAUCUCCCAUCCCCCCACUCAGCCCCUCGAGUCCUCCUGCAGACACRAGCUCCCCUCUGUACAGUUUCCCUGCGGUCAACAGCUCAGCAGARGAGGACAUGGAAAUUUAACAACUGAAUGAGCUGUGCCAAAAGUCCAGACAACAGCUCAGGCUGACCAGAUCUGUCAGAAACGUUGGUCUCUUGUGGAUUUUGAGCAGCCGGUGCAAAUUUAGCACACAGUCGUAAGUUUGUCCACAGACAGCUGAGGUGUGUGAAGUGACCUAACUGAACAGUUUUAUUCACAUCUAAACAUCAGAGACAUUUUAUACCAGAUUUAACACUUAGAAAUGAAUCUGUAUAUACUUCAGGCUGGGAACAUGCUGAUGUAAUGUGAAUAUGCCUUGUGUGUUUGGUCAACCUCAGCACCUGGAUGUUUCAGUUCAGACCUUUGAGAGUUGUUAACAGAACACUAAACGCUGCUCAGAGGUUCUCAUCGUGACUUCCUGUUGUUUGGUGAUGGAAGUAUAAUCUCACUCUACUUCAGAUGUGUCAUCUGUGACCUAUGCUUGAAUAUAACUCAUAGAAUGUU